AUGGUAACGUUAGAAGAAUUAGAAAAUAUACCAGAAGAAGAAACUUCAAUAGAUUUGGAAAUAUUACAAUCAUCAACAUCAGAUAUAAUAAAUAGAACUAAAUUGUUGGAUAAUGAUAUAAAAGUAAUGAGAUCAGAAAGUCAAAGAUUAACUCAUGAAAAAACAAUGAUGUUAGAAAGAAUCAAAGAUAAUCAAGAUAAAAUAAACAAUAAUAAACAAUUGCCUUAUUUAGUUGGAAAUGUAGUUGAAUUAUUAAACUUGGAUGUUGAAAAAGAAGCAAAUGAACAAGGUGCAAAUAUAGAUAUUGAUGCUGCUCGAAGUGGGAAAAGUGCAGUUAUAAAAACUUCAACAAGACAAACUAUAUUCUUACCAAUGAUUGGAUUAGUAGAUCAUGAAAAUUUAAAACCAAAUGAUUUAAUUGGUGUUAAUAAAGAUUCUUAUUUAAUUUUAGAUACAUUACCUUCAGAAUAUGAUUCCAGAGUUAAAGCAAUGGAAUUGGAUGAAAAACCAACGGAAACUUACUCAAAUAUUGGAGGAUUAGAUAAUCAAAUUGAAGAGUUAAUUGAAGCUGUUGUAUUACCAAUGAAACAAGCGGAUAAAUUUAAAAAAUUAGGUAUUAAACCUCCAAAAGGAGCAUUAAUGUAUGGGCCACCUGGUACUGGAAAAACAUUAUUAGCAAGAGCAUGUGCAGCACAAUCUGGUGCUACAUUUUUAAAAUUAGCAGCACCACAAUUAGUUCAAAUGUUUAUUGGAGAUGGUGCAAAAUUAGUAAGAGAUGCAUUUGCUUUAGCAAAAGAAAAAGCUCCAACAAUUAUUUUUAUAGAUGAAUUGGAUGCUAUAGGUACAAAAAGAUUUGAUUCAGAUAAAAGUGGUGAUAGAGAAGUACAAAGAACAAUGUUGGAAUUAUUAAAUCAAUUAGAUGGUUUUGGUUCUGAUGAUAGAGUAAAAGUAUUAGCAGCAACAAAUAGAGUAGAUACAUUGGAUCCUGCUUUAUUAAGAAGUGGUAGAUUAGAUAGAAAAAUUGAAUUCCCAUUACCAUCAGAAGAAGCAAGAGAAUCCGUUUUAAAGAUUCAUGCUAGAAAAUUACAUUGUGAUAAUGAUUCUAUAAAUUGGAGAGAAUUAGCAAGAUCAACGGAUGAAUUUAAUGGUGCUCAAUUGAAAGCUGUUACUGUGGAAGCAGGUAUGAUUGCAUUAAGAAAUGGUAAAUCUAUAAUAAGACAUGAAGACUUUGUUGAAGCUAUUGGGGAAGUACAAGCAAGAAAAUCAAAAUCUGUUAAUUUUUAUGCAUAA